AUGGGCAGUUGUGUGUUCGCAGACGAUUUCAAUGCUAUCUUGGCAAGUAAUGAAAAGAAGGGUGGUAUUCAGAGGAUUGAUAUGGCUCUGAAAAAUUUCCAGGAUUUUGUUGAUAAGAAUCAGUUAAUGGAUGUUUCCCCAAAGAAUGGUACCUUUACAUGGAAAAAUAGGCAUACUGGUUUCACUAAAAUUGCAGAACGUCUUGAUCGGUUUUUGGUGGCUGGUGAUUGGCUAGCUCAAAAUCUUAUUCUUGAAUCAACUAUUAUACCUCUUAUAGGUUCAGAUCAUUUCCCUAUUUGCCUUAAUGUGUCUCUAGGAUAUUAUGAGGGUGGCCAUCCUUUCCGAUUUAAGUCGAUGUGGCUUAGAGUGCCAGAUCUACAUGAUCUGAUAGCAGCGUGGUGGAAUGAACUGGUUCUCAAAAACAACUCGAGGUUGUUCAAGCUAAAUAAGAAACUCAAGUAUAUUAAUAUCAAAAUCAAAGAGUGGAAUUUGAGUCAGUUCCAAAACAUCCAUAUGGAGAAACUCAGGGUUACGAUAGAACUAGAGGAUCUUUCUAAUUUUGUCAUUAAAUCAGGCAUGAAUGAAGUACUCCUCCAAAGGGAAAUCUCUCUCAAGUCUGAGCUAAAUGAAAAUCUCUGGUGUGAAGAAAUUCACUGGAGAUAUAAAUCCAGAGAACUUUGGCUCAAGGAUGGUGAUAGAAAUACCAAGUUCUUCGACAGAUCGGCUAAUGCUAAUCGUAGCAGGUCCAGAAUAUCGGAGGUGGUAAAACGGGAUGGUAGUAUUGCUAGAGAUUAUGAGGAUAUUGUGAGAGUUGAGAAACACAACACCACAGGAGCCCAAAUGAUAUCUACAAGCUAA